UUCCUCGCCGCGAUGACCGGGAUGGUCGAAUGUACGACGAUCACUCGCCGUCCCGAUCGCGCUCGCCUGGCGGUAUUACGCUCCUCCCCGCACGAGUAUAGCAUGGGCGAAGCUCCGGACACGGUAAUAACUGACUCACUUUGCCAUGAGAAGAUCUACCCCUCUCUCCUUCGCGGGGCUCCGCCGCUGAAAGAAGGGGGGAUUACCCCAGAGACCGACCCAACUCUGGACCCCGUUACCGCAGUCGGGACCGAGAUGACUACCGACGGCGCUCCUCUCGCUCACCUCCACCCCGGCGCGGCCGACCAGCCUACAGAGACCGAGACCGCGAGGGCUAUCGCUCCCCCGCAUACGGCAGCCGCAGUCGAAGCUACAGUCGCAGUCGCAGCCGCAGCCCCCGGCGCAGCCGGCAUUCGCAUCACGGGCAAGAAAGUCGCGAGGUGAUGAUGGAUGGGUUACCGGUGGAUAUGGUGGAAGAAGACGUUCGACAACUCCUUCCCCCUGCACGUUUGAGUUUCUGGAGCUCUGGCGUGGUGCUCCUUGGAAUCCCGUUUUUGAAUGGCAAGAAGCUGAGAUGUCUGGUCGAUGUGUGGAACAGAUUUCGAAUGAGUUGAAAGAAUACUACAACGUUGAGGGCCUGGACGACGUUCGGGUGAUACGCGACCGGCAAACGA